AUUGAUGUGAAAUUGUAAUUUACCAAAACCCUCCGGAAGGUUUCAGAAAUCAAAUCUACCCAAAAACCCUCGUUAUUGUGGUUCAAAUUGGAGGCAAAUUUGAAAUUAUUGACUUCAAAUUCAAUGGCGAACCUCCCAAUUCUACAAUUUGAAGACAAGAUAUUGGAAACUGUGGAUCAAAACACAGUGGCAGUGAUAAUUGGGGAGACCGGUUCAGGGAAGAGCACUCAACUCUCUCAGAUUUUACACAGAAGUGGCUACACCAAGGCCGGAAUAAUCGCCGUCACGCAGCCUCGCCGUGUUGCCGCGGUCUCUGUUUCUAGAAGGGUUGCAGAGGAGCUUGGUGUCCGACUGGGUGACGAAGUUGGUUAUGCCAUAAGAUUUGAGGAUAGGACUUCAGAGAGAACUUGUAUUAAGUAUCUUACUGAUGGAGUACUUCUUCGUGAAAGUCUUUCUGACCCUGAGCUGAAACAAUAUUCAGUGAUCAUAUUGGAUGAAGCUCAUGAAAGGAGUCUAAACACUGAUAUAUUGAUGGGGCUGAUGAAGCGUUUGAUUAGACUUCGCGCCUCCAAUUUGAAAGUUUUGAUCACUUCGGCUACUCUUGAUGGCGAGAAGGUGUCAAGAUUUUUCUCUGAUUGCCCCAUCCUGAAUGUUCCUGGGAAAUUGUUCCCUGUAGAAAUAUUAUAUAGUUCAGAGCAACCAAAAAGUUACAUCGACUCUUCUCUGAGAAAAGCUAUUGACAUACACGUCAAUGAGCCAGAAGGGGACAUUUUGAUAUUUAUGACUGGACAGGAUGAUAUAGAGAAGUUGGUUUCGAAAUUGGAGGAAAAAAUUCGAAACCUUGAGGCAGGAUCUUGUAUGGAUGCCAUAGUCCUUCCGCUUCAUGGUUCUUUGCCACCUGAAAUGCAGGUGCGAGUGUUUAGUCCUCCUCCUCGAAACUGUAGGCGUUUUAUUGUGGCUACAAACAUUGCUGAAACGUCUUUGACUGUUGAUGGUGUUGUGUAUGUUAUUGACUCUGGUUAUGUGAAGCAGCGACAAUAUAAUCCAUCAAGCGGGAUGUAUUCCCUUGAUGUUGUUCAGAUUAGCAGGGUGCAAGCAAACCAACGAGCAGGACGAGCCGGACGAACAAGACCUGGGAAGUGCUAUCGUCUAUACCCGUCUGCUGUUUACCAUGAUGAUUUGCUGGAUGCUACAGUUCCUGAAAUACAACGGUCUUCUCUAGCUGGCAGUGUUCUUUAUUUGAAAUCAUUGGACCUUCCUGAUAUUGAUAUUCUCAAAUUUGAUUUUCUUGAUGCACCUUCGUCUGAAACUUUACAAGAUGCUCUUAAACAGUUGUUUCUGAUUGAUGCUAUAGAUGAAAAUGGCACCAUCACGGCUAUUGGAAAAACCAUGGCAGAGCUUCCUUUAGAACCUUCGCUUGCAAGGACCUUAAUUGAGGCAAAUGAAUGUGGUUGUUUACCUCAAGCUUUGACUAUAGCUGCUAUGUUAUCAGUGGAAGGUACAUUGCUUCCUGGACGAAGCAAAAGCACGGACAAGAAGAGAAAGCAUCCUCCUUCAGAGCUUCCUGAUGGUUCCGGUUGGGGUGACCACAUCCAGUUACUUCAAAUCUUUGAGCUCUGGGAUCAAACUGAUUAUAGUAUCGACUGGUGCAAAGAUAACAACCUACAGGUACGAGGGAUGCUAUUUGUCAAAGAUGUCCGGAAACAAUUGUCUCAAAUAAUGCAAAAGAUUGCAAAAGGGUCCUUAGAUGUAAAAAGAAAGGAAAGACGGAGAGACAGCCAACAUGAUUAUAGGAGUCUAAGAAAGGCUCUGUGUGUUGGCUAUGCGAGCCAGCUUGCUGAGCGAAUGAUUCAUCAUAAUGGUUACCGAACUCUUGGCUUCAAAUGUCAGCUUGUCCAGGUGCAUCCAUCUUCUGUACUGCGAACAGAUGAUGACGGAAUGCUCCCAAAUUAUGUUGUGUAUCAUGAACUUAUUUCUACCUCACGCCCAUAUAUGCGCAAUGUUUGUGAAGUAGAGAUGCAAUGGGUUACCCCAAUACUGCAUAAACUUGAGAAGCUAAACGUCAGUAAACUCAGUGGUGGAUCCGAUCAGUCUGAGGAGAAAACAACAGUUAACUCGGAUUUUCCCAAAAAAGUCGGCCCAAUUGACGACUCUAGCAGUCGAAUACAAGCAGCUCGCGAGCGUUUUCUUGCCCGUAAAACAAACAAAUAGCAGUUUUUACUUGCUGUGUUGACAUUAUGGUGUAGAGGAGAAAAUUUGACCACACUUUUCCCAGUCUUUAGUAUACAGAGGAUUUUGCUAGAUUAUGGGUUGAAGGUAUGCUACAUCGUUGAAACAUAUAAUUGUUGUAAUAGAAAUACAACCAAUGAACUAUUUUUUAUUUAU